UUUUUAAACAGUCGUAAGUCUCCGAGCCUGUUUCUCCGAAUCACUUGGCGUCGUAGGUAGUACAGUUUGAGGUGCGUACGUACGAAUACCGAAACACCUAUAAUUAUAGUACUACUGUCGCGGAGACAGCAUUGGACAUUCAGCGCCACUCACGCGUCGUGUUGCCCAAAGUGACCGAAGUGACCAGUGCCUUGGCUUGUGCUGCGAAUAAGUUUGGUCGUCCCCCUGAAGCUCAGGUGUCUGCACUGACUUGUUGCUGCCGUUCGUGAUCGCUGCUCCUCCUGCUCUCGACAACAAUGGUUGGGCCUAGGCUCUCUCGUCCCGUGUUGGGAAUGACGGUUCUGUCCGUGAUAUGUCUGGUGGUCCUGUCGUGUUCCAGUGUUGUGCAAGCGGCUGCAACCUCUUCUGGCUGCCCCGCGGACUGGUCCACGGACUGGACCGCUCACGGGCAAAGCUGCUACACAGUGGUCAAUCUCAAUCGCCGGCUUACAUUACAAAAGGCACAUAUGCAGUGCUACUACCGGAGAUCCAAGCUUGCGGAAAUCGCCAGCAAAGAGGUGCACCAGCUACUGACCAGAAUGAUCCACUCGACAAAUACCUGGAUUGGUCUUACGGACGUGUCUCCUAGCCGGGGUGGCCCCCUAUUCAGAGGUCCCUACUGGAUGUACAGCAUGCGAUCGCUGGUCGGUUCCCCUUACCAGCCACCCAUCAAGUCUGACUUCUACCAGAGCUGGGCAGGGAGCAGCUGCUUUUACAUGGGCGGAAAUGGAUCGAUCGAGACCAGCUUAUGCAACUACAGACGCGAAGCCGCCAUCUGCCAAAAGCCCAGACAACUUAACGUUGACCAAGAUUGCCCAAGAUGUAACAUCACGAAACACAGCCAGGAUGAACAGUUGUUGGUCCAGAAAGCUCGCUGCAACGACUUUGCUAUAAUAGGCAAGAUCCAGAAGGAGGUCCACAGUCAUUUCUAUUUCGACGUCCUCGCCAUCUGCGCGAACAGCUCUGCCGCCCACGACGCUCUCUCGCACAUGUACCACCUGCGCACGCCGUCGGCGAACUCCCAGUGCAUUCCGGUGGCGAGAACGCUCAACAAGAAGCCCCUGCCGGUGCUGAAACCCCUGGCAAGCCCACUGACAGCACGCUGCCCACAGCCGUGCGGCCUGGGGCUCAAGAGGGAUAAGCGAUACCUCGUCGCCGGCACAGUGAACCCCGAAACCAAGGAGUUCUCCGUGUUCCCCGGCGGAGCGCUGCGCUGGCAUCGUGUCAAGCGUUACUUCAAGUCUCCCGCCGCGUGUGAGCAAUAAGAGCACCGGGAGCUGGGGGCAACAACUGCCGUCAGCAGUGAACGUUCAGAAAGCCUUUCAUCGAGUGAAUGUGAAAUCUACCUUGCCUGGCCAGUAUUGAGCAUGGGCACUAAUUAUUUAUAUUCUUGAAGAUUACAAAACAAGGCCGGCCGAGGCAGCUUUCUCUCUCUUCACUCCUGCCAUGCUGGCCAUAUGUGUAUUUUGUUUAAAGAUUAUUGGUCUGUCGAGUUUGGUUCUUGGCUCUUCUUCACACGUACAUGUAUGUCCUGCAGCCAUAUGGCCAGAUCAGCUCUGCACCAGAGGCAUUACCACGGGUUAACGGCCGUACACUGUGUGCAUUACAUCAUGAGUGCAUAAACGACGUAAAUUAUGUACUCUUGAUUACAUGAUUAUAGUGACCGUUGUCAUCUGUGCCACAGCGCCACUACUACUACCACCACGCGAGCGCCAACACCCUAGUACCCUGGUCACCGGUAACACCGUCAACGCUGCAACCACCAAAACACCAUAAACUCCACCCCAUGCCGGGGAAGCACAUGAGAUGCUGUUCUGGUUUUAUUUUCACUUCUUGUUUUUCUUCUUUCUUUGUGCUAUUUGCCUACUUUUCACUUGUAUGCAGUCCUUGAGGUGCUCCAACAUUUGCUGAUUAAUUUAACUUGCGUAGUAGUUGAGUGGCCACCAUGCAAGUUUCAGUACUGACUCUUGCGUGUGCGGUCACGUGGUACCGUUUCAGUGCUGUGUUUGCAUCAGCGGCUGUGCUGGUAAAGCCUUGAACGCCUUUCGAUUACUAGUCACAGUGAACAUGAUCAUCUUGCUGCGCGCUCCUGUUUUCUCCCCAUUUCCUCUUCUCUUCACAUACACUUGAGGGUUUAUUAUCUGCCUUGUUCUGUGGCUUUCCUAGAAAAUAGGAACGCACAGGUUUUCACUCUUGGUCGACCGUGUGUUAUAGUGACCGGUCUUCAAUGUUACUUGUACUUUCGACUA